AGCCGCACUUCGAGUUAGUUCAAAAAAAAACUUGGACGAGUAUGGACAUGUUGUAGAGCGCUGCGUUAUUUCCUUCGGUUCUGUCAGCGGAAAAGUGAAAAUAGAGUUGCAGAGCCUGCCUGAAAACUGAAGAAACCCCCAAGAAACAGCAGCUCUCAGCUAAAAAGUUCACAGCACUUCUGCCCAGUCACCGCAACAGUCACUUCUCAUCAAAAAUAUUUUCGGCGACAACUCUAGAAGCGCGGAAGUAUUUGUCGGAUUGUCAGAAGGAAAAAGUUGGCAAAAACAACAACGCGAGUGCACGUGUGUGAGUUCGGUGCCGAAUAGCAGAAUAGCAGUGUGUGAGUGCCGCCUGUCUGUGUGACAGAUAAAAGGAGAAAAGAAGUUGUCGAAAGUCGUGCAAGAAAAUCGAAGAAAAUAGUGCAAGCGCUGCAGGGAAAUUGUCCGGGAAAAUCGCAAGUCCAUUGUUUUUUGCCGGCAUCUUAAUGACGUCACGUCGUGCCGCAAGCAGCCACAACUCGCGUGUUUAGUCACACACACAGCGCAUCGAGCAACAAAAAGGUUAAAAAUACAUUUUCAAUUCACCAUCUCGGCGUAAACAAAACAGUAAACAAAUACAAGAAGCAGCAGCCGCUGUUCCGCAACAACAACAGCGAGAGCCACAAUUCAACAACUUCAACUUGCCAGCAACAACCGCAGCAACAACAGUCAGCUGGACUACCGAAGAUAAUGUAAAAUCAGCUUACACCCAAGCAACGCAGUAAAAUAAUAAGAAUUAACAGCUGCGUCUAUCUAUAGAUAUACACACACACAUCUAAAUACUUAAUAGGCGUUCGAUUGAAUCAAAAUUAUAGCCCAGCUACCAGCUAUACCCCCCAAAAGCUUUGUACUCCACAAAACGCUAACGAACAAUCGGUAAAACCAGAAACCAACUGAACUCAUACCACAUCUGCCAUAGAUCUAUGCUAUAUAGUACACACGAUACCAUAUAGGUGCUGAUCUGUGCUCCCGAACCCAGUGUUUUGUGUGUGCGUGUCGCGAGAGGAGCAACCAGUAAAGCAAAAAGAAAUACUUUCUCUAGUCGCUAGGCUAAACCACAUAAACUCAGCUAACCCAGAUCCGUAAUCAGCAACUAGCUCUAUAUCUAUACCCCCAACACGAUGGCCAACGUCGUCAAUAUGAACAGCCUGCUCAACGGCAAGGACUCCCGCUGGCUGCAACUGGAGGUCUGCCGCGAGUUCCAGCGCAACAAGUGCUCGCGCCAGGACACCGAGUGCAAGUUCGCCCACCCCCCGGCCAACGUGGAGGUCCAGAACGGCAAGGUCACCGCCUGCUACGACAGCAUCAAGGCCGCGCAACUCCUAGACAUGGACAACUUCAAGGGCCGCUGUAAUCGUGAUAAACCGCCGUGCAAAUAUUUUCAUCCACCACAGCAUCUGAAGGAUCAGCUAUUGAUAAACGGACGCAAUCAUUUGGCCCUCAAGAAUGCACUGAUGCAACAGAUGGGCAUCGCGCCCGGCCAGCCGGUCAUAUCGGGCCAAGUGCCAGCCGUGGCCACAAAUCCCUAUCUGACCGGCAUCCCGGCCAACUCGUACAGCCCGUACUACACAACGGGACACCUGGUGCCCGCCUUGCUGGGCCCGGAUCCCUCGGCCGUGGCCUCCCAGCUGGGACCCGUGGUGCCCCAGACAGUGCAGGUGGCCCAGCAGAAAAUACCACGUUCCGACAGAUUAGAGGUGUGCCGCGAAUUCCUGCGCGGCGCCUGCAAGCGGGCGGAGUCCGAGUGCCGGUUCGCCCACCCGCAGGAGACCGUCGCCAGGCACGACGACGGCUCGAUAACGGUUUGCAUGGACGCCGUGAAGGGCAGGUGCGCACGCGACCCCUGCCGCUACUUCCAUCCCCCCCUGCACCUACAGGCACAAUUAAAAGCGGCCCAAACACGCGCCACCGCUGUCGCUGCUGCAGCUGCGACCUCACCCCUGACGGCACACCAUCACCAGCAACAACAACAAUUGCAACACCAGCUGAACAACAUCACCAACAACAACCACAGCACCGCUGGCGCAGCAGCCACCUCGACAACAGCAACAACCACCACAAACAACGCCGCUGCCGCCGCCGCCGCUGCUGCCGCCGCCGCUGCCGCCGCCGCCGUAAUGGGCCACCACCCACUGGAAGUGGGCAAGAAGCGGGCGGCGGACACGACCGAUAUGUUUCCACUGAUGGAUGUUAAAACGGUUGGUUCAUUUUACUAUGAAAACUUCCAAUUCUCUGGCAUGGUCCCGUUCAAACGUCCAGCUGCCGAAAAGUCUGGCAUUCCAGUUUAUCAGCCCGGUGCGACCGCCUAUCAGCAGUUAAUGCAGCCCUAUGUGCCAGUCUCAUCGAAUCCGAAAAUACCCCUGAACGCUUCCUGUGUCAUCUACACGGACGCCAGUGGCCAGUUACUGGACACCCUCCCGGUGUGCCAAGAUUUUAAUAGAUCUAUGUGCAGUCGGUUAAAUUGUAGAUUCGUUCAUUUAACUGAAGAUGACAAGGUCGAGGUGAUUGAUCAACGAGUUGCUGUCUGCCGCGAUCACGCCAAUAGCCAGUGCCGUCGCAAGCAGUGUAAAUACUACCACAUACCGAUUGUCCUGCCGCCGGCCAACAUCAUGGCGGCCAUGAUCACCAGUCCCAGUGAUCCGCAGCCGGCCGUCCCGGUGGCCACAACAACAGCCAGCCAGGCGGCGGCCGCCACUCCCGUCUACAACGGCGCCAGCAACCUGAUCAUCAUCGAGCCGCAGCAGCAACAUCCGCAGCAGCAGCAGCAGCAGCAACAACAGCCGCAGCAGCAACAGUUCAGCUACCACAGCAACAGCAGCAAUAACAACUACUACCACAGCAACGCCAGCAAGCAGGCCAGCACCAUAUACCAGCAGCAGCAGCAACAUGCGCAGCAGCAACACGCGCAGCAGCAACACCUGCAGCAGCAGCAACAGCAGCCCCACAUCACCUACCACUGCAGCUCGCCCUACUCCCCCUCGUCGGCCUCCUCGUCGUCCUCCUGCUCGAUAGCCACCUCGCCCACCCUCUCCUCGGCCACCACGCUGUCCACCACCUCGACGGCCACGAUGCCCACUCCGCAGCAGCAGUACCAGCAGGGUCCGGCGGCCACGGCGACUUUCCUGAAGGCCCCCGCCUACUACACCGACGCCACGCCCACCUUGGUGCUGAGCAGCGACUACAACUCCAACUGCAUCCCCAUCCAGGCCACGCCCUUCAUCUCGCUGCAGGCCGCCCCGCAGCAGCAUCUGCUGAAGUACACCACCCAGGCGGCCCCGCCGCAGGGCCAGCAGCACGCCUACGUGGGGCACCACCACUACCAGACGCAGAUGGGCCAGGUGGUGGCCACCACCGUGGCUGCCAUUCCGGCCACCACGAUCACAGUGGCGCCGGCCACAGUGGCGUCCCCCUCGACCUGCAUCUAGAAGAAGGGGUUCAGCCAGGGGCUUCUGCCAGGGCGGGCAGCUCUGUUCGUUUUCCCAGAAACGUAUGUUAAGUCAUAGGGGUGGGUUUCCUCCGCAACCUCCAGAGAUUUGAAAACAAUAGUUAUGGUAUAGUGGUUUUCAUAAUUGAAUGUCAAACAGACAAAAGUCUUAAGAAAUUGUGGGCACAUUUCGACAGAGAAAUGAAGACAUUGCUUAAGGGCCCCAAAAGUAUGCAAUAUGAUUUACAUUUUACCUCCUUAUCACUCUAAUUAACGUUUUCAAAUCUCCAGAGAUUCGGAAAACCCACUUUAUAGGGUUUUAAUUAUCACAGUUUGUCACCCACUUUAUCCAUUGGAAUACUCGCUUUUGUCAACUCCACUUCACCUAGAUACUUAUAUUGCAUACUCCUCACAACCUAAGCAACACAAUACGUAUACCAAUCAUGAAUACUCCCAAAGCGAUGCUCCCAGAUACAUCGGAGAAAAUCAAAAGCAAGCAGAACUUGUCUGAGAAAGGUCUAAGCUAGUAAGAAAACUUCAAACAAUCACAUUCUACGAAACACAAACAUUGAGACACAAAGCAGUAGUGGAAGUUUUUGACGAAAAUUAAAGGUUGAUAUGAACUAUUUACAAAAAUAAGAACCGAAAGUACUAUUUGGGGGAGGAGGAAGGUAACUCUACAGAACUUUUUCGUACGUAUAGCAAGACUUUAACGUGUAAGCAUCCCAUUUACACAUCAAGUGACACGCAUUAGAGGGAAAGUAUUGAGUGACGACUCUACAAUAUUACGAAACCAAAAUGGAAGAAAGCAAAAAUAAGAGUGUUGUUAAAUGCAAAAAGAAACAAAAUAAAUUAGCAAUUAAAAAUUGAACUUAAUAUUACAAGAGGAGGAAAUCGAUGGAGAGCGCAGUUGCAUUAAAAUUAGUUACAAACUAUUUUAAAUUCUAGUGUUCCAUAUUUCAAUGCAAGUAAAAAUACAAAUAAAGUGAAUAAAGGUACAUAAAGUGGAUAAACAUUUAGUGAGGAGUGUUAAUAUUAGCUAAGGUUAAGCCUGACAAACCGUUCUCCAUGGCAAAUAGUCAAAAUUAAUCAAAAACCGAAUCUACAUAGGCCAUAGAUAAACAGCAAGAACAACUAAUAAUAAACACUUAACAAUAACAAUAAUAAUAUCGAUAACGAUAACGAAAACGAUGGGGAUGAAGAUGAAAAAGUACAGUCACGUCCUAUUUUUGCAACAACGAUUUACUACAAGCGAGAGGAAAACGAUACGGAGAUUUUAUUAAGCAGAAAGCAGAGAUCAGAUACAGAUACAGAAAACAGAGAACCGAAACCAUAAUCCUUUUUUACAUUUUAUAAUAACGAUCGAGAUAAAUCAGCAGAAAUCAGCUACAGCAAGAGAAAUCAUAUUUUUUAUAUACAAAAAAGAAGCAUCAAAAAGAACACUGAUAAACAAAAUCGGGAUGAGGCAAACAACAGAAAUUUAAUCAAAUCUUAAGGAAUAAGCAUUUUUGCAACCACAAACCAAGAGGGAGACUUUUUUAAAGUGUAUAAUUAACAACUCGUUUAGCUGAAUUCUCUAGUAAAUGAAAGUAAUAACGAGACACACAGCUCACACAAAAUUCGAAAUUGAACCGUACUAUAUCUUCCUAUGCGAACGAUCUGUAAGCACUAUAUAUGUAUAUAGAGACACACCCCCUAUAUGCGACAUUGCGAAUCCAACUUAUUUCCGAUUCACUGUUCGUUUACAGUUUGUCGCUGUUGUAAUGAGAUUUGUGACUUGGUUUUUACACACUCAAGAUCGUAUUUGGAACACUCACAGAAUAACAAUUACAAUAAAUUGAAGAAGAAACUACUUAUUAUAUACAGAAGCAUACGUAUAUACACUAUAUGUAUAUAUACUACAUAUAUUUAUGUCUGUACACGUAUAAAUAUAUACAUUAACACAAAUAUAUUGAUUAUAUAUAUAUAUUUACUAAUGGCAACUAAAAUUGAAAUGUGAUCUUUUAAAGAAACAAAAGUAAAAGUAAAAGUGAAAGAAGAAAAAUAAUAAUUUAAAGAGGCAGACAGAAUUGGAUGAAGGUAAAAUGGAACUGCAGUGAAGCGAUAGUAGGCCAUUGCAGCAGGAUAGUUAAACGUAAUAUUAAUUGGUUCCAUCUCGAGGCAGCGUAAGAAUAUCUCCAUUCAAUAACGAUAACACCAGUAAUACUCGACAUCUAGCUAAUAAUUGUUCAACAAUAACAGAUUUAUCUACAUAUACAUUUAAGGGCUGGCUAUAAUAUACGGAAAUUUGUUUUCUCAUCUACUAUCACUACUCUCCAUCCACCUGGGUUCCUCUUUCUUAACACUCAGAUGCCACUCCAGCACCUUACCUAACCUUAACCACUCGUAGUACUCGACUCCAGCUCUUCGCUCUCUUCGAAGCCUCCGCAAAUCUUACUCGACCACACAGGAAGUCGUAUCUUUCCCGUACUCCAAAUAAGAAUGCCUAAUAAGUUUCCGUCCAUUAUAAUCAGACCUUAAAUCUAUGUGCAACGACAGCGAGAGGCAUGGAACAGUUGCAAACGAAGAAGUAAAUUAACUAAGCAAAGUAAACGUAAAAGAUAAAUUAUAAACACACAUACUCGUAGAUUCUCAACUAAACUCGUCGACAUUUUAACAGUUACUAACAUUAUUAUAAUAACGACAAAUGAGUAAUACAAUAAGCUGCAAAUGGCAAAAACAAACAAUGAAGUUUUGUGUAAAAAUAAAUGUUCUUAAAAGAAAAGAUUUAAAAGGGGAAAAACGAAACCAAUAAGUGGAAACGAGAAAUCCUAGUUACUAAGCAACUAACUACAAACGUAUAGACACUAUAGAAGAAUCAUUGUACCAUAUAAGGGAUUUCAGCGGAAUUCUGUUCUACUCGACAUCUCCUCUAGGCGUGUAGACUGGCAUGAAGUUGACAUGGCCGCGCAUGUAGAAUAGCACGAGUUUGUAAACUAGAAACGAAACUUUUAUUUGCCUUAACAUCAAACCAAUAUAUACACCAUAUACAUUGAUUUCGAUGCGAUCCUUCAACCUUUCGAAUAGUUUCGAUUGUUUCGAGAACCGAUUUCACUUGACGCAUGUACAUGGCGCUCUAAAACAGAAGCAGAAACUAAGUAACACCAGAAAAUAUUUCUGAAGCGAGGGGAAAUGGAUUAAUGUAGUUACGUGUAGAGUCUCCUUCAUUGUAAGUCAUAGUUAUUAUUGUUAAUUUUAAUUUAUAUUUACACAUAUAUUAGAUCAUUAUGAUUAUUAAUUGUGAAUAUGAUGUGAUGUGUUUAUUGAAAGUAAAAACAAAACGAAACUAAAACAAAAUACAAUUACUGAAUGUUGCAACGUAAAGAAAACUAAUGUAUUGUACCCCCGGCGGAGUGAGGAGGGGGAACUACAAGAAACCUUAUCGAGAAUGUGAGGAAAAUCAAUUUUACCCUAAUUCAGAUCGUAAAUAAGAGUAAUGUUAAAUUACACUAUGAUACACGGCAUAUGUUUGUAUGUACUGUAAGUAGUUAUUCAUUUUUGUCAGGUGAUAUCAACGAAUUUUCGCUAUGUUCUUCAAGCAGAGCCCACCUCUGCCCACCCCACUGUCCCCAUCUAACUAUAUCUCUGUAUUGUUUGCAAUUGAGUUAAGUUCCCCUAUUAUUUUUUCUACUUUACGGUUUUUUGUUUUGUGAUAUUCGCGGAAGAGAAGAAGCUGACGGAGUAAUUGUUGUUCGUUGUUUAUUUUUGUGUUCAUAUAUAUUUUUGUAGUUUGUUUUAUUUUUAUAAAUAUACAUUGUAUUAAACAUAUAUUAAAUAUACAUUAAAGAACUAGUAUAUACAACUUAACUAUACACAUAUACAAGUAAAGAUGAAUUGGAAUAAUAGAUCUAAGGUACGGAGUUUUGGCAGGAAGAAAUUCACAAAGUAAAACUGAGCGAAGGGGAACCAGUUUCGGGCAACGACUCUGACGAAUGAUAAUUACAUAUACUCCUAAAAUAAAAUAAAAACAACCCAAAAAAAUGAAAAUUUUUUAAAAAUAUUUAAUAAACAAAUCAUUAUUACCUAUUAUUAUUAUUAUGAUAUUUAUUAUUAUAAUGAAACAAAUUUAGUUAUUAUUCAUGUAAAGAACGAACCACGAAGGCAAAGCAAAGCAAAAACAAAUCUUGCGACAGUGCAACAGCAUCAACGAGCAGAAGAAAGUGAAGAGAGAAUAACGAAGAAAGUGAAUAAGAAGCUGGCAAGAGAGAAAGUCGAUGAAGAAUGAAAUUAUAUUGAUAAAGAAAUACAACAUUUAAAGUUAUUUAGCAGUAAAUGGGAAAAAAUUAAAAACAAACAUGAAAACAACAAACCAACAUCAAUGAACAACAAACAAUGAAAUACAAUAAAACACAAAAAUAAAUUACA